AUGCUUUUACAACAGCAAGAAUGGCUCGUCCUGGGCCUCCAGGAGCUUUACAAGCGCACGCAGCUUAGCUCCGACACUUCGAAAGGAUCGUCAGUCGAAGGCCAGAGCAGAGUCCCUUCUGUCCAUCACAUUCUGGAGCAACUGGGCGUUUUGGACAAAGAGAGUUGUAUUGCUCCUGGUCCUGGAAUAGUAGAGGAGGCAAAAAAAUACGUCUACAACAGACCGAACAAUAAACACCCGAAGGCGCCUCAUCCUCUAAGUAUUAACCACGACGAGAAUGGUUUUGAGCUCUAUGAGGAACUGAAAAAGCAAUUAUCCUACGAACACUCAACAGUUGAGGCGACAGGUGACAUUUAUAUGUCAACAAGUGACGUUCCCUUUCCGGCACUUUCGGAGUUUCAGCACGCAGCUCAAAGAGCUGAGCCGACUCUAGUUGAUGAACCUUUUGCUCAAGGGCCCUCAUCCUAUGGCGGCCUUACGCCAGGGUUCGGCGGACUCGAUGGAGGAAUCAUGGAAACUGAAGGGCAAAUACCUUUCGAAAAUUCCCUACCAACUAUCUCCAGUCAUGCACACUCGGCCAACGUUCGGGCACAACUCUUCAACUAG